AUGGCUGAACAUCCUUCAUCCAUCACCACGGUCUUCCUAGACCAACCCCCCAGCUGUCUGCAAUUCUGUCCCAGCGCUCCCAACAGCUUCAUCGUGGGGACGUAUCUUCUCUCCGAGCACCAAGACGACGAGGGAAAAGCCCAGCAGUCCAAAACCGGCAGUCUACAGCUAUGGAGACUUGAUGAGGACAAAAACACGUUGUCGCUCAUAAACCGGGUGUCACUCCCUUAUGCAGUCUUUGAUUUGCAUUUCCAUCCAACAGAUCCCUCUCUCUUGGCAAUCGCGACAAGCGCUGGGUCAGUUGCGCUGUUUCGUGUCUCCGGGCCAACGCCGACAGAAGUCACCCAUGUGUGGACCCGGCCUGCUCACAAUGACUCGUCCGUCCCGGCUCUCUUCCUCGCCUGGACUCCUCAGCACUGGCUAACUCAUGACCAGACAGACGGGUUCGCAGUGACCUUCUCCGACGGUACCACGUCUGUGUUCAAGUCAGGGGAGGGGACCACCGUCGAAGAGAAAUGGGGCAAUGAGCUCAAGGAACUGGGCAGCUUCCCUGCCAAACAAGCCAUCGAGGUGUGGUUUGUCGCGUUGGCCGCAGUACCGGAUGAGUCACAGUCACAGUCAUCCUUGACUCCGUUCCUUUUCACGGGGAAUGAUUUCGGAUCGCUGCACACUCGUCGUUUUGAAACGACGACGUCAGAACGAUUGGAAUCAGAGCCGACAGAGCUCUUGUCCCCGGUUCUUUUAGAUCAUGAUGAUCGUGCUCGUCACCAUACCGCUGGCGUCACGGCGAUUCUCCCCCUGCCGAUUCCUUUGGUGGGGGGUGCCCCGUGGCUGCUUACCGGAAGUUACGAUGAGUAUCUAAGGGUGUAUCAUGCCACGCGAACCGGUCAGGUUCUGGCCGAGGUGGGCCUCGGGGGUGGUGUUUGGCGAUUGCAGAUGCUGAGAACAGAGCAUGAACCGAUCGAUGGAAGGGAUCGGUGGACGUUCCUGGUUCUCGCCAGCUGUAUGCAUGCAGGAACACGAGUGGUACGAGUGACAGGCCACAUAGAAGACUCCCACUCUCAGUGGGAUGUUGAGGUUUUGGCCGAGUUUACGGAACAUGAGAGUAUGAACUACGCAUCGGACGUGUGGAAACCCAAUGGUGGGUACGAUCUGCAAGGGCAAAAGAUAUCGGAGCUGCUCUGUGUAUCCAGCAGUUUCUACGAUCGCAGAGUAUGUCUAUGGCGGGCCCGGACAUGA